AUGGGGUCCUCGCGAGCUUCAUCCACCACACGCGCCGUCCACGCCGAGACAGACUCAUACCCGUACCCCCUCCACACUCGUGGCAACGGCACCUUGGCCACGCUCAUUCGCAACCGCUCCACUGCCAGCAUCCGCGACGGUCAUCCUCAGUCGCCUCGACUACACAGAGGCUUCCACCUGCCGAGCGAUGACGAAGACGACGAGUCGGACGCUUCCCGGCUGCUGCCUCACAGGAACUCGGACGAUGGCGGCCGACCGCGUCGCCCGACGGCCGAGGAGCGCCGCCUGAGCCAGAUGAUAUUCAGCCCUCAGAUGAGGAGCAUGCGUCUCAUCGGCAACAGCAAUCCCCGUUAUCAAUGGGAUCGUUACUGGAAGACCCAGGAGCAGCUCAGGGCCAUGACCAAGCCUUUGCGCGAAUAUUAUGAGCGCAACAACGACCUCAUCCGCAUGUACCUCUACAUCGACCAGCUCCUCGACUCCUCCGUGCCUCAUGAUCUUCUCAACGAGUACUCCGAGUCCCUUGAUGCAUCCGCCUUUCGUCCUGUCGACGUCCCGGGCACCAUUUCCGAGGAGUCGCCCACGCCUCUCUCAUCUUCUCUUUCUGCAGCUGGCCAGCUCGGAGCCGACCCCUCGGGGACACCCACGCAGCUCGGCAGUAGUGCCGACGUGAGCACGAGCGCCGACCUCUCUUCCGCCGACAGCGCCACCAAUAUCAACGGCAAGAAGCUGCCGCGCCGCAACCCCAAGGACAUCUUCAAGCCCACCGAGUCGACACCGCUCCUCGGCGGUAUCAACGAUCGCGACGAGGCCCUCUACGACGAGGAGGAGGCCCGUCCCUUUGCCGCCGACAGUGAUGACUACCCCAAGCCCGAGAUUCCCUGGCUCGAGGACUCCGACCUCGACAGCAGCGACCCCAUCGUAACCUUGGCCAUCUGGGUUAACUUCCUUGCCAAUGCCAUUCUUCUGCUUGGCAAAGUCGUUGUUGUCCUCUCCGUUCCCUCAGUCUCCGUCCUCGCCUCUCUUGUGGAUGCCAUCCUCGACUUCCUCAGCACCGCCAUUGUCUGGACUACCACUCGCCUUAUCGCCGCCAGCCAGAAUGAUCAGCACCGAUACCCUGUCGGCCGCCGUCGUCUCGAGCCCAUCGGCGUCCUCGUCUUCUCCAUCGUCAUGGUCGUCUCCUUUACCCAGGUCGCUCUCGCCGCUAUCCAGAAGCUUGCCUCCCCCGACCGCACUAUCAUCGAGCUCGGCAUUCCCGCCAUCGCCAUCAUGGUGGGCACAGUCGUCAUCAAGGGCGCCUGCUGGCUCUGGUGUCGCAUGGUCAAGAACUCUUCCGUCCGUGCCCUGGCCGACGAUGCCAUGACCGACGUUAUUUUCAAUACUGGCUCCAUCUUCUUUCCCAUUGUUGGCUUCUACGCCAAGAUUUGGUGGUUCGACGCACUCGGCGGUCUGCUUCUGUCCCUUGUCGUCAUCCUCAACUGGAGUCAGACCUCCAUGCACCACGUCCGCAACCUGACGGGUUUCUCUGCCACGUCCGACGAGCGGAACUUGCCGGUCAAGCAGAUCCAGAACCUCCGUGCCUACCACGCCGGUGACAAGCUGUUCGUCGAGGUCGACAUUGUUCUCUCCGCCAACAUGCCCCUCAAAGACAGCCACGACCUCAGCGAGGUCAUCACAUACUUCCUCGAGUCGGUGCCCAUCGUUGACCGUGCUUUCGUGCACGUCGACUACGCCACGUACAACCUCCAGACACACAUCAACAAAUAG